CCGGGGCCUGGGCCUGAGCCGGGGCCGGGGGCGGCCUUGGCCCUGCAGCUGGGCGAGCUGGAGCUGAAGGAAGAAUGGCAGGAUGAGGAAUUUCCCAGACCGCUCCCCGAGGAGACCGUCUCCUCCGAGGAUGCCGAGGAGGUUGGGGAGGGUCCCCAUCUUGGUCCCCGGAGCACGCUGGCCCUGUGCGGGCGGCGGCCCAUGAGGAAGCGUCUGUCGGCGCCGGAGCUGCGGCUGAGCCUGGGGCCGGGGGGGCGGCCCGGCGGGGGCUCCCGGACCCCCGGGCCCGCGGCCAGCCCCUCCCCCAGCAGCGGCGGCAGCAGCAGCAGCUCCGACCUGCGGCUGGACGAGCUGGAGACGCCCUCGGACUCGGAGCAGCUGGACGGCGGCCACGACUUCGACUGGGAAGAUGAGCUGCCACGGGCUGGGUCGGAGCUGGGGGUCAGCGCGGCAGCGGAGAGGCUGGGCCGGGGCUGCGUGUGGGACAUGGCCGGCUCGGACGGGCGACACUGGAGGGUCUUCCGGAUGGGCGAGCGGGAGCAGCGGGUGGACAUGUCCGUCAUCGAGCCCUAUAAGAAGGUCCUGUCGCAUGGAGGUUACCACGGCGACGGCCUCAACGCAGUCAUCCUGUUUGCCUCCUGCUACCUUCCCCGCAGCUCCAUCCCAGACUACCCUUACGUUAUGGAGCAGCUGUUCAGGUACAUAGUGGGGACCCUGGAGCUGCUGGUCGCGGAGAAUUACCUCCUGGUCUACCUCAGCGGGGCCACGGCCCGUGGACAGGUACCCUCCCUGGCCUGGAUCCGGCAGUGUUACCGAACCCUGGACCGCAGACUUCGCAAGAACCUCAGAGCCCUGGUGGUCGUGCAUGCCACGUGGUACGUGAAGGCCAUGCUGGCGCUGCUCCGCCCCUUCAUCAGCUCCAAGUUCAGCCGCAAGAUACGGUUCCUGGGCAGCCUGCGGGAGCUGGAGCAGCUGGUCUCCCUGGAGCACGCACACAUCCCGGACCCUGUCCGCCAGUUGGACCAGGAUCUCCACGGGCCCACCGACGCUCAGGACUGAGACAGGAACAGGACCGGGAAGGGGACGGGUCAGGGUGUAUGCCCCACCACCACCACCCUCCACCCAUCCGGGACUUUUCACAGCUGCCCCCGCCCUUCCAACGGAGGUGUGGGCAGAACGGGCCGGGUCACCGUGUCCAGCCCCCUGCCUCCAGGCCGGCCUUGGAGGGAAGCAGCGGGUCGGCUUAACUCUUUCCUUUCGAAAGGGGGGGCGUGGGGAGGUUAAGGGCUCUCCGGGGUGGGGUGCAGAGCCGCUUCCAGAUGCUUGCGACCCCCUACCCCCAUCCCCACCCCGCGCAAUUCCGUUGUCUCCAAAUAAACCGAU